AUAUAGGCUGCGCGUCGGUCAUUUGACAGCGUGUGGAAAAUCCCAAUCAAGAAAUCAUGGUCACUCUCCUGAUCUUCACUUUCCUGCUGAAUCAAGCAUUUGUCUCGGCUCAGACUUGUGGUUUUUCUGCGUUUGCUCAACAUAGCCGCAUUGCGGGUGGUAAUGAGGCCAAUCCUCACAGCUGGCCAUGGCAGGUUUCUGUGCAAAUCUACGAUUGGACGACAAACGCAUGGUACCACAGUUGUAGUGGAACCCUCAUCGCCCCACAGUGGGUUCUGACAAGUGGCUACUGUGCUAACAACACAGAUUAUAUGCGAGUAGUGGUUGGCAAGCACAAUAUAUACCAGGAGGAGGCUGGGGCAAAUAUUUCAGAAGUCUAUCUAACUGCUUACCAUUCCAGAUAUAACCACACCAGCUUUGAAAAAGACAUUGGAUUGAUUAAGCUGAAAGCACCGGUGACGCCGGACACUGGAAUACGGUUCGUCUGCCUUCCCAGUGACAACGAGCAACUGUCAUCGACAAGCACAUGCUACGUCAUCGGCUGGGGCUCCAGAAUAAAAAAUGGUUUACUUACCAGCACGCUCCAGCAAGCCAACAUACCAGUGAUUGACGACAAGACAUGCAAAUCAAAUGAAUUUUAUGGUUCUUUUUUUCCCGAAAACGCAAUAUGUGCUGGUGAUGGAUCAAGCGGUAUAUGCAAUGGUGAUGGGGGUGGACCGCUACUAUGUCGGAAGAGUGACAAUUCAUGGGUUGUGCAUGGCGUUGCUUCAUUUAUAUCAUCAUUGAGUUGUCUAAACUACUAUAAGCCCUCAGGCUUCACUCGUAUAUCUGCCUACAUUCCCUGGAUUCAAAAUGUGAUGGCGCGUUAUUAAACUCAGAAGGACAUUCUUGUGGGCGAUGAACUGUACCAUCAAGAUGGUCAUCGCCGUCUUAACACAUACUGGAUCAUUGAUAUUUACAUCAUAAUGUUUCUUGAAAUAUUAACACAAGCUUGUUUAAUCUAAUCUGAAUCAACCUUUUUUCGAAGAGUAUUUUGAUCAAGGCAACAGAGAGCUGGUAACAUUGUAUAUUCUUGUUUAAAACACUCUGAAAGUUACGUAACCACAUUAUGGCGAACUAACCGUGAAGGAAUUGUGCAUGCUACAUCUAACAUGUGAAAACGACAUAUUUGAUGUGGACAGAACACGAAUUUAUACAGUGGCGGUGUUGUUAACCACAAUCUGAUUAUUUUAUCAUGUAACUACGACUAACAAAAUCAGGUGGGGCGAAAUGAAGUAGACUAGACGUGAUAAUGUCAGCAAUAUAAUCAUGGCAACAGGUAAAAAAUUAUUAUAGUUAAAAUAGUUGCACACUGCUAUAUACAGCGAUUUGUAUGCCGCGAAUUGUAUCCCAUAGAUUUAAUAUACUUAAUGGAUUUACUCAUUUUGCUUCAUGAAAUCAUUUACAAACCAGUGCAUGUACCUAAAAUAGCUUAUAAAUGCAGUUUCUGGACAUAAUGUAGUAUUUGAAUAAAGAUUUCUAAACAA